AUGGCAGUGGGGGUCGGAGAGGAAGCCAGGCACCCGACUGCAAUCAGCUACGAGAAGAAGAGAGGGAGGGAGGCUGUCCUGACAGGAAUUGUCACACUGCUACUGGCACUGCACUGCAGACUCACAUCUGGGAAAGCCCUGCCCAUGAACAAGCAGAGCCUCCUGUGUCAGAAUAUACGGCAUCGAUGCAACAAGCAGGUCUGCCAUAAUAUUCAAUGCCAAGUGUCCCGUCUGAACACAACAGCUGAGAACCUCUUCAAUCUCUAUCUGAAAUGCCAAAAGUACCCCUUUGAUGACAAGAAGCAGCUGGACAACGUCUGCAAACGCAACAACACUUUCCCUCACUUCUCUGGCAUCCACAGCUGUGGGAACGAGACGCUGGUGGCCCUGUAUAAGAUCUUUGCCUUUUUCAACGCCUCCCUGGUCAACAUUACCAGGAACCAGAAAGACCUCAGCCAGAACACAACCCAGGACAACCUUCUACUAAAACACCUCCGAACCACUGCCAAUGAAACCAGGGGCCUCCUGAGUAAUCUUGCCUGCCUGCUCUGCUCCCAGUACAACGUCACCCACAUAGAUGUGACCUAUGGGAAGAGCUCUGGGAAGGAAAACAAUUUUGAGAAAAAGCAGGAAGGGUGCCAGGUGCUCCGGUGGUACAGCGAAGUUGUCUCAAGUGCAGCCCGGACUACAGGCAAAUGCAACAAGCAGGCAUAA